AUGGGUAGCGCCGCAGCUUCACGCAAUCCCAGCGCCAUCGAGGCCGACAUGGGUAAUGCUAUGGACUUUGAUGACGACCACGCUCUCGUUGAGUCAGACCUCAUGAAUGCCGACGGCAUCGGAACCGACCAUGAUGAGGAGCAAGAAAAUGAUUCUGCUGACGACACCGGUAUCGGUAAGACGAAGCUUGAGAUUGCCAAGCCCAAGGGAAAGGCGAAGCCCCAGGCCAAAGUCACCAAGCCUACCGCCACUCGCCACUCUGCUCGAGCAGCUGCUCAGGAUGAGGAGGCCGAUGAUGAGGCGGACUCCAGCGACAAUGGCGCCCCUGCUGCGGCAUCCAAAGGCAAGGGCAAAGCCAAGGCAUCUGUCCCGGCCACCAUCGUCCGCUUUGCACCCCACAACCUCGACGAGGAGAGCGGCGAUGAUGACGACGACCAAGAAGAAGAAGAAGAUGAUAACUUGAAAAUCAAGAACCAGGCCAAGCUCAACUUCGACAAUUAUGCUGACUCGGGCAGUCCCAAAAAGCGUGGACGCCCUUCCAAGGCAGCGAAGGCCACCAACGCCACCGCCAUCCAGCCGGUCAAGCGAGGACGCCCCUCCAAGGCUGCUCAGAAGGAACUCGUCGACGAUGAUCAUGAUCAGGAUCAGGAUCAGCCCGUCCCCAAGCGAGGUCGACCCGCAAAGGGUGGCCCACGCUUAGGAGUGAUGGCGGCCCCUCUACGCAGCACGCCGCUCAAGAGAAAGAGAGGCAACGCGACCAAGGAUGGAGAGGUUGACGUUCCCCGACGAUCAUCCCGAGCUGCAGCGGAGUCGGCUACUCUUCAGAUCACUGAGCAGAGUACCAAGCGACCCAAGACCGUAGCUGCACCUGCAUCAACCCCUAAGCGCAAGGACAAGGCCACUGAGACCCGAGGCCGCAAGAGCACCGCGAACAAAGACUAUGCGGUCGAAAAGGUAGUUGACUCCCGUGUGAACAAGAAGAAGGCCACCGAGGAGUAUCUUGUCAAGUGGGUUGGCUUCCCUGUUUCCGACAAUACCUGGGAGCCUGCCGAGAACCUGACUCACUGCGGCCAGAAGCUUGUGCAGUUCCUGGCCAGCAAGAAGAAGGCCACCAAGGGCAGCAAGUGA